AUGAAUUCAGGCAAUGAGAAUGGCUCCGGGGUGGUGGCAAAGUUGUCUCCUAGCGUGGUGGACGACUCUAAACAAUUCCAAAAGCUGGAGCGAGAAGUGGCUUCAGACGAUGAAUAUCCGCUUCCAACUGCAGAGGAAAGCAAUACGCUUCGCAAGGUUGCGGGCUCCUUGCCUUUGGUCUCGUUCGCAUUAUGUCUAGUGGAAUUUGCUGAGCGCGCAUCCUACUACGGUGCAAAAACCGUAUUCAGCAACUUCAUCCAAUUCCCACUCCCUGAAGGUGGUAACGGAGCAGGUGCCCCCCCGCGAGACACUCAGAAAACGGCUGGCGCCUUAGGGAUGGGACUCCAAGCAUCAUCCGGACUGACACUGUUGUUUCUCUUUCUUUCAUACGUGAUCCCGAUUUUUGGUGGUUGGUGGGCUGAUGUCCAUGUUGGUCGAUUUCAGGCAAUCUGUGUGGGCGUCUUGAUCUGCGGAGUUGCCCAUAUUAUCCAGGUCUUCGGCGCCAUCCCCUCCAUUCUCCAGAAGGGCACAGCCCACGUGGCUCCGCCAUUCAUCAUCGGCCUGCUGCUUCUGGCCUUUGGCGCAGGCAUAUUCAAGCCUAACGUUUCGCCUCUCAUCCUUGAUCAAAAUCCCCACAAGAAGGCCUAUACUAAAACACUGAAAUCGGGAGAAAAGGUCAUCGUGGACCCCGAAGCUACGACAAACAGAAUUAUGCUUCUCUUCUAUGGCUUUGUGAAUGUCGGUGCUUUCUUUAUGCUUGCGACUACAUACUCCGAGAAAUAUGUUGGAUUCUGGCUCUCCUUUUUGCUGGCAGGCCUUAUCUAUCUCUUACUGCCUAUUCUUCUUCUGGUUAUGUAUAAGAGGACAUACAAGCGGCCUCCGGCUGGGAGCUCGGAGGUCUCGCAGGCGUUCAAAAUUAUUGGGACUGCUCUUCGUCAGAGCAAUUUCCAGUUCUGGCGUGAGGGCUUCUGGGAUAAGGCAACAUCCAGCAGCCUCCAGAAGAAGGGUAUCACCGUGAGCUGGACAGAUAAAGCCGUUAAGGAUGUUUCCAGAACAGUCGCUGCCUGCGAUAUCUUCUGGUUCUACCCGAUCUGGAACCUCAACGAUGGCGGCAUCGGAUCUGUAUCGACGAAUCAAGGCGCUUCAAUGGUUACUAAUGGCGCACCCAACGAUGUUCUCAGCAAUUUCAACGCAUUGACAAUCAUUUUCGUCAUUCCAAUUCUUACCUUCAUAAUCUACCCUACUCUCCGUCGCUACAAGAUCAACUUCGGCCCAAUCAGCCGCAUCACGUUUGGCUUUUGCCUAGCGACCCUCGCUGGUCUCGCGGGUGCUCUAGUCCAGUGGCGUGUUUACGCGCUAUCUCCUUGCGGUAACCAAGCGUCAACUUGUGAUGAAGUAGCCCCCAUUAGCAUCUGGUGGCAGCUUGCGAAUACUAUUCUGAGUGCUUUGAGUGAAUGUUUCUGCAAUGUUACUGCCUAUGAGCUCGCUUAUGCACGUGCCCCGCAUGGAAUGAAGGGUCUGGUGGUGGCCUUUUUCCUCUUUAUGAAUGCUUUGUCUAGUGCAAUUGGUGAGAUUUUGCUUCCAGCGACUGCUGACCCGUGGUUGGUCUGGAUCUGGGGUGCACCGGCUGUGGCGCUUGCUUUGCAGACGAUUGUUUUCUGGUUCAGAUUCAGACACCUCAAUAAUGAAGCGUGGACAGAAGAAGAAGAGCCUACUACUGUGGUCCAGAGGGAUGAAAAGGUUUGA